AUGAAAUAUGGAGGAGGCUGCAAAAACGGAUAUCGGGAGUGGAUAUUAGCGCCAUUAUCUGGUGUUUCAAUGUACACAAGCGUAAUCGUUUCUGGAGAACAAGCGAGAGCCAGAUUGAGAAGCAUCAACCCUGAUAGGGCUGGAAGCAAUGCUGACUUGUACGAUGAAACACGUUUAGAAAAAAAUGAUGUUAGGAUGCAGCAAACAGUCGUUUCCUAA